GGGGCGGCGGGAAAGGCCGCGGGGCCGGGGUCGCGGGGGCCGGCAGUACGCGCUGCAGCGCGACCUGGCUCGGCUGAGCAGGGGGCCGGGGAUGACGCGUGGGACCGGGAGGGCCGUAGAGGCGCCGGAGCCCCUCUGCUCAGCCCUCCGGGAGAAGCCCCGGCGGCCGCCCCUCCUUAGGGACUGCCCGGGCCCUGGCCCCUCCGACCCUGGGGCACGGCUGCAGCCUGGCUGGGAGGCGGUUCAAGGUCCGAGACGCGCUGCCGCGUGGGGGAUGGGUUCGGCGGCCUGGCCGCGGCCCCUCCGGCGCGCCCCGGCUCCAGUGGGCGGAAGGGGCCUUGCAGCUCGUCGGGGCUCGGGGUGCGGCCCCUUCGGCCCCACAGCCGUGGCGCUCUCCCCCUGGCCGCUCGUAGAGAGCAUGCCGCGUUUUAAAGAAGUUCACUACGUUUGCGUGGCACACGUAGGUCCACACUCGUAAUUUCCAAUCCGCAGCAGUCCUGGUGACAGGCGAUGCGGGGAUCACCCAUUUUUCCGAUGUAAGGACCCGGGCUUCAGGCACCUUGAUUGACUUGACAGGUCUACGUACACAAGUGGUAGGGCUGGAGGUGGAUCUCAAAACAUUUUUAUCGACAAAAAAGCUCCCCCCCCCCUUGCCAUUUUUAUUGAAUUCCUCUGAUGCAAUUUUUUUUUUAAGAUUAUUUUUAGGUAAUCUCUACACCCAUCGUGGGGCUCGAACUCCCACCCCCGAGAUCAAGAGUUGCAUGCUCUACCGGCUGAACCAGCCAGGCACCCCUGAUACCUCUUAAUAUAUGUUACUUCUGUGCUUGAAAACUUUCCCAUGUGUCCAUCCUCUUCAGAAUAAAGUGCAGAUUGGACAUUAAGGUUUCCACAUGAUUUGGACCCUUGCCUACAUUUCCAGCUUAUUUCCCACUGUCUUCCCACAGGCACCCUCCACCCCCCCCCCCACCCCCCCUUCUUGGCCCUGCAUCUGUUUUCUGUAGAUGGCCUUCACCUUCCUGUUCACUCUGUUGCCUUCUCCAUGCUUUAUUUCUUGCUGUCAGUCCUUGAAGACCUGUUGCAGGUCUCAGGUCAACUAAGCAGGAUCAACUUGGAUCCUCUCCCUGCCUUAAUUUCUCUCACGUUCCUCUGCUAGGACAUGAUCUGUACCCUGGUCUUGCCACUGAAAGCUUUCUGCUUUCUGUUCUCCAUGUGUGCCUUUCGUAUGUUGUCCCUGUUUCCCACCAUCAGUGGAUUACUCAUUUAUUUGUAAAUGUUUUGUCUCUAACCGGACUGCCAGCAACUUGUGAUAUGAGCCCAGAUCUGGUGAAGUUUUCUGGUCCCCGCUCUUCCCAUAAGCAGCCUGAGGUGAUCUCUGAAAAUGGUUUGCUAUUCACUUGACCCAGAAAACCCUACGAAAUCAUGCAAGUCUAGAGGUUUCAAAUCUUUGUGUUCACUUUAAGAACACACGUGAAACUUCCCAGGCCAUCGAGGGCAUGCAUAUCCAAAAAGCCACCAAGUAUCUGAAAGAUGUCACUUUGUAGACACAGCGUGUGCCAUUCCGUGUCACUGCAGUGGUGGAGUUGGUAGGUGUGGGUGUGCCCAGGCCAAACCGUGGGGCUGGACACGGGGUUGGUGGCCCAAAAAGAGCGCUGAAUGUUUACUGCACGUGCUUAAACAUGCAGAGAAGAAGGUUGAACUUAAGGGUUUAGAUGUAGAUUCUCUGGUUAUUGGGCACAUCCAGGUGAACAAAAGCCCCCAAGCUGCGGCGCAGAACUUACAGGGCUCGUGGUCGGUUCCACCCCCACGUGAGCUCUCCUGCCACGCGGAGAUGGUCCUUACUGGGAAAGAGCAGCUAGUCCCCAAACCGGGAGAGGAGGUUGCAGAAGAAAAAGAGAUCCCAGAAGAAACUGGAGAAACAAAAACCUAUGGCCUGGGAGUAAAUUCUGCAUAAAAUAAAUGCAAAUAGAAGUUAAAAAAAAACCCAAAACCUUUUGUGGUCCCCAAAGUGUCCAGCACGGUAGCACCUACAUAGGGGGUCGCUCAUCAGUGUGAGUGAGUGGGUCCUGUCAGCCUCUCCUACCUGGUCUGGGAGCCCAUUGGGGUCUUUAUUGCCAGGCACUGUGGGAGGCCGCAAGAAUCUUCCCUCAAGAGAGGUGUUAACCCUCUUCAGGUAAAAUUGGGGCGAGUCGAAUACAAACGGAUGAAGAAGGAGUCUUCUGUAAAAGUAACCUGCUCCAUAACCCACUCUGAGAAAUUUCUAGGAACAUCUAAAAUUUAGUCUGAGAAUUUAGUUCUGUAGUGUCAGGGAUAUCCCUGGAUAGAACACAUCUAAAAUGUAGCCAAGUCUGAUAAUCCGUGUGUCAGUAAGGAUCUGUUUCACUGUGAGGUGACAGAGUAGUGUCUCUCCCCCCCCCCCCCCAAAUAUUAGGGACUUGGGGUCAAACAAGUUUUGGGGAAACUACACUGUAUGCCCGUUUGGGGAGAUCACAGAGCAUAUUAACUUAUUAAAGGCUACUGGAGAUCUGGCAUUAAACCAAUUGACUGUUUAACAACAUUUCUGACUUUUAUGUCCAUAAAAUGCCUUAUGGGAACCCCACAUACAUUUUGCAGAAACCAAGGAGCAUGCUUUUGGAAAUGGUAUAACAAUGGAAAGAGCACGUCACGGUCUGGUUGUCUUCCUUGCUGUCCAAGGGGGAAGUCAUUCUGAGCGUUCUUACUUUGCCAAGUGUAUUCAUUCCUGCCUUGGGGAGUGGGGCCGGGGGAAUGCUUCAGGCAGAACUCCCCGGUUUCCUUGUUCCUUUCUUAGCUUAUUUUUAUUAUAAACUGGCUUCACAUGAAGCGUUCCCAGAGGAGGAAAAUGUCCUGACCGUGCCAAAGCAAGCAUUCUCUUCUACUUGGUGAUUGUGUUUUGAUCACAUUUGGGUUUAUCGACCAAAUGAUGUUUCUGAGCCUCUGAAGCUAGGGCCAGUGAUGAAUUCUCCCUGGCCAGCCUGUUGCUGUCACCUCGCCUCUUGCCUCUGCUGUUUCUUCCAUCCACCCACCCUUUUUAUCUGUCACCACAUCUGCUGCUUCCAUUCCCGGCCACAGCUGUACAGCUUUUUGGAUUUAAUGGGAUCUGUCCUCUCUUUGAGUCCUCUGCCCAUUAUGUGUUUCAGGCUGGUUUGUUAUCUGAUGUUCCUUUCCUCCAGUAUAUAUGGUUUCUCUUCAUUUUACAGCUCGGAGAGAGUUUUGAGUUAAACAGCCGUACAACUGGGAAGGAGUAAGUUAUUAAUAAACUACAGGAGCAAACUACCUUUAACUAAAGGAUUUUUAGGCUUCAUUGCAACUCCUUUUAAAUGUUGAAGUUCUUUUAUUCCGUCUUCCAUAACCUAGCGAAGCUCUGUUUUCUUGGGGAUACAUUGUAGGUUAGUCAAAGACAUUCUCUUUUGUGGGGCAAUCAGGCAAUCCAGGGCUCAUCCAAGAUUGAGACGUUGUUUCUCCCAUGCAGGGAAAAUAAUGAGACACCUGCUUUUGUACCCCGGGGUCUGCUGGCUAUGUCAGCCAAUGUUUGGGGCAUAGCGUUCUGUCAGAUUUUUAAAUUUAUUUUUUUAUUAGGUCGUCUCUCAAGGUUGUUGGUUGUCAGAGCUUUAAACAAAAGCUACAUUAUGUGACUAGGCAUUGUUUUUCAACUCCUGUUUGACUAAAGCCAUUCAGUGAUCCUAAGAAAUGUUUGUUAGGAGCUCACAUCACAUAACAACCUUCUAAAGUCGUGCGAUGGACAGGGAAACUGAGGCUCCCGGGGUGGGGGGGUUCAUAGCUAGGAAGCGGUACAGCUAGCCUUUGAACCCAGAUACGUUUGCUUUGUGGAAAUAUGUUUUAUCUGUAACUUUUCCUUCUUCCAUUCCCAGGUCAAAAAGUAAAAUGAAGUACAUUCUAGUUACUGGUGGUGUUAUAUCAGGAAUUGGAAAAGGAAUCAUCGCCAGCAGCGUAGGCACGAUACUGAAAUCAUGCGGUUUACAUGUAACUUCAAUUAAAAUUGACCCAUACAUUAACAUUGAUGCGGGAACAUUCUCUCCUUAUGAACAUGGCGAGGUUUUUGUGCUGGAUGAUGGUGGAGAAGUAGACCUUGAUCUAGGGAACUACGAGCGGUUCCUAGACAUCCGCCUCACCAAGGACAAUAAUCUGACCACUGGAAAGAUCUACCAGUACGUCAUUAACAAGGAACGCAAAGGAGAUUACUUGGGGAAAACCGUCCAAGUUGUCCCUCACAUCACAGAUGCAAUCCAGGAGUGGGUCAUGAGACAGGCGUUAAUACCCGUGGAUGAAGACGGCCUAGAGCCUCAAGUGUGUGUUAUUGAGCUCGGUGGAACGGUGGGAGAUAUAGAAAGCAUGCCCUUUAUUGAGGCCUUCCGUCAGUUCCAGUUCAAGGUCAAAAGAGAGAACUUUUGUAAUAUUCACGUCAGUCUAGUCCCUCAGCCAAGUUCAACAGGGGAGCAGAAAACUAAACCCACCCAGAAUAGUGUUCGGGAACUUAGAGGGCUCGGGCUUUCUCCAGAUCUGGUUGUGUGCAGGUGCUCAAAUCCUCUGGACACAUCGGUGAAGGAGAAAAUAUCCAUGUUCUGCCACGUCGAACCUGAACAAGUGAUCUGUGUCCACGAUGUCUCAUCCAUCUACCGAGUCCCCUUGUUAUUAGAGGAGCAGGGGGUCGUAGAUUAUUUUCUCCGGAGACUUGACCUUCCGAUCGAGAGGCAGCCGCGAAAAAUGCUGAUGAAGUGGAAAGAGAUGGCGGACAGAUACGAUCGCUUGCUGGAGACCUGCUCUAUUGCCCUCGUGGGCAAAUACACCAAGUUCUCAGACUCGUAUGCCUCUGUCAUUAAAGCUCUGGAGCAUUCUGCCCUGGCCAUCAACCACAAGUUGGAAAUCAAGUACAUAGAUUCCACGGACUUGGAGCCCAGCACCCUGCAGGAGGAGCCUGUACGCUACCACGAAGCCUGGCAGAAGCUCUGUAGCGCCCAUGGAGUGCUGGUUCCCGGGGGAUUUGGCGUUCGGGGGACAGAAGGAAAGAUCCAAGCCAUCGCCUGGGCUCGGAAACAGAAGAAGCCUUUUUUGGGUGUGUGCCUAGGAAUGCAGCUGGCAGUGGUUGAAUUUUCCAGAAAUGUGCUGGGAUGGCAAGAUGCCAAUUCUACAGAGUUUGACCCUAAGACCAAUCAUCCUGUGGUCAUAGACAUGCCAGAACACAAUCCUGGGCAGAUGGGCGGAACCAUGAGGCUGGGCAAGAGGAGAACCCUGUUCCAGACCAAGAACUCGGUCAUGAGGAAACUCUAUGGAGACCCGGAUUACUUGGAAGAGAGGCACCGCCACAGAUUUGAGGUGAAUCCAGUCCUGAAAAAGUGUUUGGAGGAGCAGGGCUUGAAGUUUGUUGGCCAGGAUGUUGGGGGAGAGCGGAUGGAGAUCGUGGAGCUGGAGGAGCAUCCCUUUUUCGUUGGAGUCCAAUACCACCCUGAGUUCCUGUCCAGGCCCAUCAAGCCUUCGCCUCCGUACUUUGGCCUUCUGCUGGCCUCCGUGGGGAGGCUCCCGCAUUACCUCCAGAAAGGCUGCAGGCUCUCGCCCAGGGACACCUACAGCGACAGGAGUGGAAGCAGCUCCCCGGACUCUGAAAUCACCGAGUUGAAGUUUCCGUCAAUAAAUCAUGACUGAUGAUGACGGAUGAUUCUUCCAGACAGCCUUCGGACUUGAGAGUUUACAGCUUUGAUUUUACACUCAGCUUUUGACACUUCCUUUAAAUUAUGUUUUUAUUAAGAUUAUUUUAUUAUGGGGGAAAGGUAUUUGGAAGACUCUGUGACUCGCAUGUCCCAUCCUGUGUAUCGGCUCCUACACAGUGCCGCCCCGUGUGGACGCCUGGUGUGGAAACCCCGUGUGGAAGCCCGGUGUGGACGCCCCGUGUGGUCCCCAAAGCUCUUGGCCGAGGAGCGGGUCCUCUGGGCAGGAGCGGAUGAUGCGCGUGCCGGUGGAGCGCCCACCGGUCACCUCGUUUCUCCAAACUACCUCCUGUCGUGGUGGAUCCAGGCGUGUAGCCCGUCGCCUCCCCUUGAAUGCCUAGACCGUGGGAUGUGUGUGCCACGCGGACCUAGUGCGUGCGGAGGGACGAUUCUGGCGAGUGCUCACUGCGGCCGGUGCUGGGAACCCCUGCUCUGCGGGGCCGCCCGCCGCCCGCUGUGACUGGUACUGUCGUCCAAAGGGAACGGUUAGUUUGGGGUCACAUGGAACAGCAGGUGAGCGGUCUCUCGGAAGCGUGGUUUCUGCAUCCCUGUGCUCUGGCCACACUUCUCUUCCUGGGGCUGGGAGAUACUCCUUGCAUCAAGGGGUUGCUUAAAAAAAAAAAAAAAAGAAAGAAAGAAAGAAAAAAGAACAAAGAAUCUUUUGGGGAAACUGCCUUUAAAACCCUCUCAUCUACAGACAGCUUUGCUUGAGGGGAUUUCUUCCUUCCAGAACGGUGUUAUUGCGGUUGAAAUGCAAUAUGGAAAGCUAUUUUCGUAACGUGACGUAACAGUAGGCACCGCCGUGUGCCCGUCCUAUUCUGGCUGGCCCCCGUGUAUACUCUAACUUAAAUAAAUAAUGCAGAAUGA